CUGUUGUCUUGUGAACGGGACUUUUAUUUUGGUGUGGCGACAUGAUGUCAUAAGACUGCGCGGCGCUCCUGCAUCUGUGAUUCGGCUGAAGAAAGGACGAUAUGUCUAAACACUCAAACUCCUGAAGCAGCUGAGAUCUACGGAACACAUCAUUAUAAAGAUGACGUUAAUUAAAGAGGAGAGUGAAGAAUUCAAGAUUGAAGAAGUGUUCAGUUUGAAACAAGAAGAUGCUGGGGAACAAACAAAUAUGGCGCUUAUUAAAGAGGAGAGUGGUGAAAUGAAGAUGGAAGAAACAUUCAGUGUGAAACAAGAAGAUACAGUGUACAUGGAAAGAAAGAAGAGAAUAACACCUGAGCAGGAUGCAAAAGAACACAUAUUGUCAGGCAAAGACAAGGCUUUCAUCGAAGUACGACAAAUCAACACAUUUAAAGGAAGAGGUGUGUUUGCACUUGAGCACAUUGAACCAUCAACCUUUGUUGUUGAAUACCGCGGGAUUCUCUCUCAAUGUAAACAUGUUAAAGAUGCUCAAGGCAACUACUUGUUUGACUUCACAUGGAAUGGAACACGCUAUUGCAUUGAUGCAACAAAAGAGGACGGUUCUCUUGGACGACUGGUGAACGGUCACAGAAAUUCAAAUUGCAAAGUCGAGACAAUAAUUGUUGAUGGAAGACCACACCUGUGCCUAUUUAGUAUAAGAGAUAUCUUUCCCGAUGAAGAGGUCACAUACAACUAUGGGGAUUCCUCUUGUCCCCGGCGUUUAAGGGAAUUGUGUGACGAGACAUCAGUGGCUGUGACUGAAUGCAGUGUGAAUCCUUCCUCAUCAGUUAGAGAUAAACCAGAUGUUGAAUUUCCAGUUUUGAAGAAUCUAGCUCUGAUGAAGAAGAUUCUCCUUAUGCUGAUAUAAAGACUGAAGAAUCCUCCUCCGACGACUUCAUCCCGGACUCUAGACAAAAUAACAAUAGUGGUGAUGGUCUAUCUGUCAAUACACGGAAUCCACCCUAUUAUAAGUCCACAUCAGCUGCUGUUUCAAAAAGUUUUAAGAAUACACAGGCAGGAUCUUCUUAUAAACGCUCAGAGACUGGCAAUGUGCCAAAAAACACCUUUUCCACCCACAAAAACUACUGUUAUGUCUGCAAGAAACCUCAGUCUAAAAUUGCCCGUCACUUUAAAAAGCAUCAAGACAGUGAGCCAGAAAUUGCAGCCGCGUUCUUGCUCCCUAAACACUCCCUGGAAAGAAAAAGGUUAUUUGAGAAAUUACGAAACCGAGGCAACUAUGAACAUAAUCAAGAGGUUCUAGGAAGUAAAAGUGGACCACUGAAAGUUAGAAGGCGGCCAGGAAGAUCACAGAGUGAAUUGAGUGCCAAAACAUAUGUGCACUGUGUAUACUGUAAAGGCCUGUUUGUUCGCAAGGAGCUGUGGCGCCAUACACACAGAUGCCCUUCAAACACGUUUUCAGAGUCUAAAGCAACUGGUAAGGCCAAAGUCUUGGUUUUAGCUGAUAUCGCAGAGUCAACAUUCUCCCAUGCAAUCUCUCCAGAGGUGUGGAAGAUUUUGGGAAGUAUGAAGAAUGACGACAUUUCAUCUGUGGUUCGAAAUGAUUUCCUCAUACUGCAGUUCAGUCAGUGUCUUUACAACAAGAUUGGAAGUGAUCCAACCAAAUUCGAAUACAUCAAACAGAAGGUUCGGGAAACGGGCAGACUCUUGCUAACCUUGAGAACAAAAUAUUCCAUAUUUAAUUUUGAAGAUGCUGUGAAACCGAACAAUUUUUGCAAAGUCGUUGAGGCUGUGAAAGAUCUCGCUGCUUACGAUGACAAGAGCCAAUCAUAUAUGACACCAAGCCUUGCGCUGAAGUUAGGACAUUCGCUCAGGAAGAUCGGUGACAUCAUUCUCUGCAGGGCCAUCGCAACAGAGGAUGAUGGUAUGACAAAAGCAGCAGAGCGAUUCAAACGACUGUGCACAAGUGAGUGGAUAGAACAUGCCUCCCAUGAUGCUCUUGAUAGUUUGAGCGAUACAAAGUUCAACAAACCAUCAACUAUACCGUUCACACGUGAUGUGCAGCUUCUCCACCAGCACCUAGAGAAAAAAUCAGCUGAUGCCUUUGAAAGCCUAAAAAGUAACGAGUCUUCACAAACAUAUGCCGAACUUGCCAAAGUGACACUUGCUCAAGUUAUAAUCUUUAAUAGAUGUCGUGCAGGAGAGGUUUCAAAAAUGUCCCUUGAGUGUUUCAGUAAAAGAGACCAGGCUCCGCUCCAUGAUGAUAAAGCAGUCUGCCUCUCUCCUUUUGAGCAAAACAUUUCCAAGAAUUUCAGCAGAGUGGAAAUAAUGGGCAAGAACAAGAGAAAAGUUGCAAUUUUGUUAAACCCUGAACUUGUCAGAGCAAUGAAACUUCUUGUGGACAAGAGAGAUGCAUGUGAGGUAGACCGGGACAACCCCUUCCUAUUUGGAAUACCAAAGUGCUCACCCACCAGCUUCUUCAGGGGACAGGACUACGUCUGGCUUUUUGCAAGUCUGUGUGGUGCACAGCACCCAGAAUACCUCAGGUCUACACAGCUCCGAAAACAUGUGGCAACAGUGUCCCAGAUUCUUAAUCUGGAGGCUAAUGAACUGGACCAACUAGCCAACUUUUUGGGCCUUGACAUUCGGGUCCAUAGAGACUAUUAUCGGUCGACGGAUGCAACAGUGGAUAUUGCGAAAAUUUCAAAGCUUCUCCUGGCAAUGGAGAAUGGAACUCUUGCCAAUUACCAAGGCAAGUCUCUUGAUGACAUUGAGAUGGAAGAUGAAAUUGAUCUGGAAUUAGAUGAGGAAGAAAUAAGCGAUGAAGAUGACAAAGAGUCCGAGCCUGUCCGUGGAGUAAGAGAUACCAAAUUUAGGAAAAUUGUGAGAAGGCACUGGAGCCCAAAUGAAGUGAAUGCUGUCAUGAAACAUUUCAAAAACCACAUUUCAAAGGGACACCUCGCAACAUCGGCAGAGUGUGCGCGCUGCAAGACUGCAGAGAGCACUGUCCUGAGAGAAAGAACGAUCCAGAAUAUCAGGGAUUUCGUGAGGAACCGUGGUUUGAGGUUGAAAAAUAAAUGUUAUUAGAGAGAUCAGUGUUGCCUUUUGAUGUCUGUGGCUUUUGUUCUGUAAAAUUCUCUAAAGUCUUCUUAAGCAGAAGAGGCUGACUCAGGACAUUACUUGGUGUCAAAGACCACUUUUUAUUUUUUUCUCUGUUCAAACAUUGUUUUUAUAGAAAUUUGCUGGUUUAGUGGCAGCAAAAAAGAUGCACAAUCAUGUGUGAAUUCACUCUUCGAUGUAGAUGCGCUGAUUUGGUUUAGGAUGGUUAACUCGAAUACAGGUACUCCUAUGGAGUAAAUAUAGAGUGAUGUCCAGUUCAACCCAGAUUGUCCUCAUAAGCGUAAGCCGGGUGCACACGGUGCGAUUUAUAAUAGUUAUUUAUGAUUAUUGCUUGUCAGAGGAACAUGAUCAUCGCUGUAAGCCAUGUUACACGGUAAGAUCUCAGUUUUCAUUAAUGUCAGACUGUACAACAGUCAAGACGCGUUAAAAGCAGACACGCAAGAACUUGUCCGGAGUUUACAUCAUCAAUCAAUGACACGUACGUUCACAGUGAGCACGCGGGAUUGAAAUGGUGGCUAAGAAGAAAUCUCGAACGCUAAUUUUGGUCAUGGCUUGUCUUGAAAAACGAAGGCAAUUUUUGAUGGUCGUCAGGAGAAGACGCUGCAGGACUGAGAGUCAAAUCUUCCUGAAUUUC